AUGACCGAAUUCACGGAGGCCAACCGCAAAUAUUUCGAUCAGAUGGCUGCCACAUACAAGGCGGAGUUUUCCGAAGCCAUAAAAAUGUUGUCAGAACAGACCCUCAAGCAUCGACUCUGGCUCAGUGACCGCUGGGUAGAUACCGACGUUGGCAAGGGUCAAGAUUUGAAGAUGCUCGAAUACGCAUGCGGUCCUGGUUACAUCUCGAUGACACUCGCGCCAUUUAUGACGAAGAUUGUUGGCCUUGACGUCUCUGAUAAGAUGAUAGACGAGUUCAACCAAAAUGCUGGUGCCAUGGGGCUGAGCGACAAGAUGGUCGGCCACAAGGCUGAUAUUUUGGCUGAGACUGCCCCGGCCGAGUUCUCCGGGCCUGAUUUCCACGAUUUCGACUUGGUGGUUGUCAGCAUGGCGCUCCAUCACUUCGAGCACCCAGACCUUGCCCUCCAACGGCUUACAGCGCGGUUAAAGAAGGGCGGUGCACUCAUGGUCAUUGACUUAGUGGCUUCCUCUGGUCAUGGCGACGGGCACGGACAUAGCCAUGGCCACAACGACCACACACAUGAUUUCGGAGAAGCCAGGCACACGGUCAAGACCCACGGGUUUUCGCGAAACGAUAUGCAGCAGUUGUUCCAGAAUGCUGGAUUGACCGAGAAGUUCGACUUUGAGGUGAUUCCAGAACCAUUGGUGUUCAAAAAGAACGACAAAACAUUCCAGAAGACGGUUUUUAUCGCUCGCGUUGGGCGCGCAUAA